AUGCGGCCAGACUGGAAAGUAAUUGUCGACGAGUACUCAAUCGUCCGUGAUAAAUAUACUGCACCAAAAUACCCUGUCGUUCUCGCCCAUGGCUUGCUCGGGUUUGAUGAACUGCACCUUGCUGGCCCAUAUCUCCCCGGUGUUCAGUACUGGCGUGGAAUCAAAGAGGCCUUGACGGCGCGGGGUAUCGAAGUUAUCACGGCGUCAGUGCCCCCGUCAGGCUCUAUUGAGGAACGGGGUGAACAAUUGGCCCGAAGCAUUGAGGCUGGGGCUCCAGGGAAGGAUGUUAAUAUCAUUGCACAUAGCAUGGGGUGA